AAGAAAAAACAGAGCUUUCUUCUUCUCUUUUCAUUGUUACCUUUGCACAGCAUUGCAGCUGUGAAUAACUAAAUGGGGAGACAUUCUUGCUGUUACAAACAAAAGCUGAGGAAAGGGCUUUGGUCUCCUGAAGAAGAUGAGAAGCUUCUUACUCACAUCACCAAUCACGGCCAUGGCUGCUGGAGCUCUGUCCCUAAACUCGCUGAAGAGGAGAACCUCAUCGUCGAGCUUCAUGCCGCCCUCGGAAACAGAUGGUCACAGAUUGCGUCAAGGCUUCCGGGUAGAACCGACAACGAGAUCAAGAAUCUGUGGAACUCAAGCAUCAAAAAGAAACUGAAACAAAGAGGCAUUGACCCAAACACACACAAACCCAUCUCUGAACUUGAGAGCUUUAGCGACAAAGACAAACCAACAACAGGCAACAACAAAAUAAGCGGUAACGACCACAAGUCUCCUAGUUCCUCUUCUGCGACUAACCAAGACUUCUUCAUAGAAAGGCCAUCUGAAUUCUCCGACUACUUCGGAUUUCAGAAGCUUAACUUCAACUCCAAUCUCGGACUCUCUGUGACAACUGAUACUUCACUCUGCUCAAUAAUUCCACCGCAGUUUAGCUCCGGAAACAUGGUUGGUUCUGUCUUUCAGACACCAGUAUGCGUAAAGCCCUCAAUUAGUCUUCCUCCUGACAACAACAGUUCAAGUCCGGUCGGAGAUCAUGUGAAAUUGGCUGCACCAAACUGGGAAUUUCAGACAAACAACAACACCUCAAAUUUCUUCGACAAUGGCGGAUUCUCAUGGUCAAUCCCAAAUUCUUCUACUUCUUCUUCACAAGUCAAAGCAAAUCAUAACUUGGAAGAAAUAAAAUGGUCAGAGUAUUUGAACACACCGUUCUUCAUAGGGAACACUGUACAGAGUCAAAGCUCUCAACCAAUCUACAUUAAAUCAGAGACAGAUUACUUAGCCAACGUUUCAAACAUGACAGAUCCUUGGAGCCAAACCCAAAACGAGAACACAGCUGAAACUAGUGACGUGUUCUCCAAGGAUCUUCAGAGAAUGGCCGUCUCAUUUGACACAAUUCUAAAUUCUUCACAAAGUAGCGAAACUGUUUCUCUCCUCCGCAUCUUCUUCCAUAUCUGUGACGAGAUACUUGUGAGAAUCAUCACCGUAUUAAUGAUUUCUCUUUAUCUCCGAUCGUUUUCGGUUAUGCUCCAGACGAGAGCUUCAAAAGGAGCUUACGAUCAUCAGCCAUCACAUCUCAGAUUCGGAUUCGACGAAUACGUGAAUCGAUUAGAUGUGAUUGGAAUCGACAAAGCUCAAUUCUUCGGAGAUCUAUACGAAUUUUGCCGUCAAGCUGCUGAUAAAGAGGAUAAAACUGUAAUUGUUGCUGGAUUGGAUGGUGAUUUUAAGCGGAGGAGGUUUGGUUCGGUGCUUGAUUUGAUUCCGAUUGCGGAUACGGUUACGAAGCUGAUGUCACGGUGUGAGGUUUGUGGGAAGAGAGCAUUGUUGACGAUGAGGAAGACGGAGGAGAAAGAGACGGAGUUGAUCGGUGGAGCUGAAGUCUAUAUGCCUGUGUGUCGGAGUCAUUAUGUUUGUGUUCAAAGCGUUUUGGAAACCGCUCGUGCCGUUUUGGAUUCUUCAAGCAAUAAGCAUGAUGUUGUAGCAAGUUUGCUUUAAUGAGAGUUUGUAGGAUUUGUGAUAGUCGUUUAGAUAUAUUUGGUUUCUUAGCUUUGAGAUUGGAAUUUUAAACAUAAUUAUGUACUAUUUAAUCAAUGAUUUUAAGAAUU